AUGGCGGCGAACGAGUCAACAUAUCAAUUCGCUUUGACAGCAGAAGAAUGUGCGCUUAUACGAGCUAUACGGGCUGUUGAGCGAAGCAUCACGCCCACCAAGCAGAUGACGUUAGCUAACCUGAACAGACACCAAAAGCUGGAACUCCACCUCACAGAUCAAGACGGAGACUCAUUGGGCAGCUGUGAGGUCAACCCCGAGAACAUGGUGAUGGAGUUUGUCAGCGCAGCAGCCGGGUUUCUGAAUGAGUUAGUGGGGAAAUCUGUUCAAAAAAAGAAAGCGCUAGUUGAGACCGACAAUGGUGUUCACAUUGACGACUGCGACUCUGACCCGCCUGACAACUUGCCGCCUGAGCAGGAUGCUGGAGGAAAGACCGCGUCGUGGGAGGCGAUAAGAGAGGCCAAUAUCCCACCUUGUGUUAAGGAAAUCAGUUUCACUAUUAAUGACGAGGAUCUGGUUCCAGAACUCCGCGAAAAGCUGAAGUCUAGCUAUUCCGGUGUUACUAUCGUAUCGUCAGGCAUAGUAGCCGAAAAAGAAAGGGCCUGGAAGGCUCUGACGGCAGAGAGACCCGACGGGAUCAAGCAAAUGAUCAUCGAGCUCGACGAGACAGAGAUUGCCCAAACCCCGGAGCUAGAAAGCAAUCUUCGGAAAAUGUACCCAUGGGCGGUGAUCGAAGCAAGGCCCGGUCCAAACAUAUCCAGAAAGCGUGCAAGAAGGAUGACGGACAGCAAUGUUGCGACACCACAUAGGCUAGACCCAGUCAAACACAUCGAAGACUUCGCCGCUUACGUUAUAGAGCCACCCUCUGAGGAUAAGUUUGGCUACAAGUAUCCCAUAGGCGAAGGCUGGGAUCGUCUUCCGUACUCGCGGAAAUUUGAGAUUGCCCAUGCGCGGGCGAUCCAACACUAUCAUGGCAAGGUAGCUGAUGGCAAAGGAUGCGGCUACUGUGAAGCCCAUGGUUAUCAGUGUAAAGUCUAUCUGCCACAACUCGGCAACUUGUCUCGUAUAACGUUUGGUCAUUCUUGCCAACACUGCCGGCUCAGGCAAAUACAAUGUUACCUUCCCGCUGCCAUGAAAGAUCACCCGAACACACCUAAAGCACCAAACAUGCUCAGGCUUGGUACACAGAGCACACAUCACCACGGAGAAGCAGUCAAUACUCCACCUACGACGACCACAUCCAGAUCCCUGGCAUCAAGAAUAACGGCGCCCAAUAGAAUACGACCUGACGCCGGAGAAGAGGAGGAUGACGACAAUGAUACUCCAAUAAGAGUAUCCCCUAAAAUGGAUAUUCUGGAACUGGCAGACAUGCUCCAACUCCUCAAGAGUUCAAAUAAGAAGGUGAGAAGUGUUAUCUAUACGAUGUAUGAAUUCUUGAGGGAAAAAGACAAAGUUGAGCCAUUCGGAAAGUACCUCUCAACUCUCGCUCAGUAUUACGAAAACCUGAUCACUCUUUACAUACUCACGUAUCUGCAUGAAGAGUACGGCUUGGCCUUUGUCGUUUUGCUUCGUUUCCAGAGCACAAACUACCAGGAGACGACACAACUACCCACCAUAGACACCGUCGGUGAAUGGGGCGUGUUUAUCAACACAAACCCAGAUGGCAAGCCAAAGUUCCGCUCACUCGCCAAGCUUCUCCAUGGAAUCUGCUACAUACGUGAUCCAUUCACUACUGGAGGCGAUAUCGCAGUGCGGAAGCGAUGGUGUGAGGUUCACAACCAUCUGACGGAGGCACCUCACCAGAAAAGAGCUUGCAAAAGGAUGACGGCAGAGUUUGGGGACUCCGCCGAAGAGGCAGAGAGAAGGUGGAAACAGCACGAGGUGCAGCAGGCAAAGGAGAAGAUGGCACUUUUGGAGAACGACAACAGAUGGGGUGAUACCAUAGGCUCUAGUAGACCACGUGUUGGCGAAAAGAGAAGAGCUGAAAGUUCCCCAAUAUCGAGACCCUUUAGAGUCGGCAGGGGAGGGCGAGGUAGAGGGCGAGGGCGGGGCCCAAGCAGAUGAGGCAAUUUACUCGUCGUAUUGGAAGCGCCUUGAGACUCUGGUAGUUUUUACAUGGCAAUUCAAUUGAAAAGCGUGCUCGAUGUAUUUAGGCUUUUGUUUUUCGUCUGGGUUUCUUGUUAUCUGAUUUAUAUUCUUAGCAUACUUUAGCGUCUAGGUCUGUGGUAGAAGGAACGAUUCGAAAAUGUAUGAAUGUGAGUUAUAUUUCA